CGAACCAUCAACUCAGAACCUUUCACACUGCUUUCAUAUCUCUCCACAAUGGCCCCAAACAACUCUCAACUACAUCCUGUUGCCACCUUCAACAAUCAAGGAUUCUAUAAGCCCUCUCGAUACCUUAGGUAUCUCAAGUAUUUUCAUAAUCGUCCACUCUAUCCAUCCUUUCCCAUUCAACCUUCUGCCUUCAGAAAGUAUGAUCUUGACAUUCCUGGUCUCAUUCACAAGCUUGGCUGGGAUUCUCUCUUUGAGAAUCAACGUUUCAGUCAGUGUUCUGAAGGAGUCAGAAUGUUCUAUGCUAGUUUGAAGCGUGGCCCUAGCUCCAGUCCUUCCUUUUUCACCACUGUGGUGUAUAAUCAUGAGAUCAAGGUUACAGCCUCCCUCCUGGAUGAAACUCUUGAUCUCCCCUGUCUCGGAUCUUCUGCAGCCACAAAUGAUGAUUUUGCUUCCAUUGGCUUUGAUUUCGGUUCUGCCAUGAAAUCUCUUACCAAUGAUAUUGGGAGUAUCUCUCAAAAUGAACUUGUGCAUCCUGCUGACGCUUGGAUUAUGGCCAAUGCUCGCGAUGGGAUCCAGUUCAACUUCUCUAUGCUUAUGGUAGGGAUUUAUCUUCGUGAUAAGCUAAUUGUAUGUGAUAUCCGAGAGGAGCUGCGUGCUCAACACAUCCUUACUCGUGUUGAUGCCCAAGUUGGUAGGAGAAAGCCUGUCAUUUGCUCAGGGGGAGAGCCUGCUGAUACCCAUGCUCUUUUGGAGGCUGCACCUGCAACAUCUGAUGGGCAAUUUGUUCCUGUCCUCCUGGAGGUUGCGUCUGCAGUACUUGAAAGAAUCACUGCUGUCAAGCGCAAGGAACUAAUCAGUUUAGAGCUUCAUCAUGCUCAGAUCAAGAGGGCAAAGGAGUCUGAAUCAUUAACCACUCAGGAAGAAGAAGCAGAGGGUAAAUCUGAUUAUGAAUCUCCACCUCAAUAUGAUUUUUGAAAUGGAGAACCAGUUUAGGGGAAGUGACCAGUCUAGGGAGUUCAUUAGAAGGAUCUGGUUAGGGUAGCUUUGAAGUUUUGUCGGUCAUGGUGUCAGUGUUAGGUUAAAUCGAUAUGUUUUCUGCAAUCUUUCAAAUAAAAUGAACUUCUCUUUUAUCUAGUGUUUCGUUGUGCCUGUGAAUGAAUGGUUUGUAUAGAA